AUUUCCUAAACACAGCUGAGCUCAGUCACUUAGUAUCAUCCGAGGCCGGGGCAGGGAAGAGGUGUGCGUGUUUGUUGGAUGUAACGCCGGCUGGAAGGCGACCUCCUGAAACAGAAGAUAGCUGGACACCGAUUUGACAUGAGCAGGGUGCCCUGACAUGGACAAAGAGAUGAUUCCCAAAUUCACGUCAAAGGAUGAGGAAGUUGAUUACUGGAAGUCCCAAGCCCUCAAAUAUAAGAAAAGAGACCACAGUCUGUGUUCGGGUAGGCAGCAGAGGUGCUUUUGCUAUGAUGCCCAGGAGGAACUGCAGGAGUUCCAGGAAGGGAGCCGGGAGCUGGAAGCUGAGUUGGAGGCACAGCUUGGCCAGGCCGAACACCGCCUUCGAGACCUCCACAUUGAAAACGAGAGACUGAAGAACGAGAUGGCCAACCUCAAGGAGAAACUGGAGCAUCAGUAUGCCCAGAGCUACAAACAGGUUUCUAUGCUAGAGGAUGACCUGGGCCAGACACGCAGCAUCAAGGAGCAGCUCCACAAAUACGUCCGAGAGCUUGAGCAGGCCAACGAUGACCUGGAGAGAGCCAAAAGGGCAACAAUAGUGUCUCUUGAGGACUUUGAGGGCCGUUUAAACCAGGCCAUUGAGAGAAAUGCCUUCCUGGAAAGUGAGCUGGAUGAGAAAGAGUCCCUUCUAGUAUCUGUGCAGCGGCUGAAAGAUGAAGCACGAGACCUGAGACAGGAGCUGGCAGUACGGGAGCGGACUACAGACAGGAUGUCAGCACCCAGCUCACCCACCUCAGACAUCGACAAGAUGGAUUCUGCAGUACAGGCUUCUUUAUCCCUCCCAGCCACACCCGUAGGAAAGAGCAUAGAGCACCCCUUCAUCAGCUCAAAAGCAUUGACCAAUGGCUGUGGAAACUCAUCCCUCACUCCUUCUGCUAGAAUCUCAGCUCUUAAUAUUGUUGGCGAUCUCCUGAGGAAAGUUGGGGCUUUGGAGUCCAAAAUCGCCGCCUGUAGGAAGUUUGCCAAAGACCAGGCAGCAAGAAAAAAUUACUCCACAGACAAUGGCAAACUCCUCAACAGCAAUGCCACAAAGUUCUCUCACUCUCUACAUACCACUUACUUUGACAAAACGACUGUAAAUGGAUUGGACCCCAGUUCCUUGACGACAUCCAGAGCCGUGUCUCCACCAGGCAUGCUGCCUCUGAGUGUGUGAGGCGUCCCCACACCACCCAAACCUCUACUGAAACUCCUAUCCACCCAACACAAUGUGGGACCCGAGAGGACACUUGAAAGUGUGUGUGUGUGUGUGUGUGUGUGUGUGUGUGUGUGUGUGUGUGUGUGUGUGUGUGUGUGUGUGUGUGUGUGUGUGUGUGUGUGUGUGUGUGUGUGUGUGUGUGUGUGUGUGUGUGUGUGUGUGUUUGUGUGUGUGUGUGUGUGUGUGUGUGUGUGUGUGUGUGUGUGUGUGUGUGUGUGUUUUAAGAGUGAUGUGGGUUUGCCUGUUUGGGAUUGUGCAUUUUUGAACGUGAUGUGUUUAAGAGAGGCUUGAGUAUACAAUAAACUUGCCUCCAGUUUUCAGCUCUAAAUGCAUCUGUGAGUAGGUGCACGGUCAUGUGUGCAUUACGUUCCUACCACAUACUUUGCAUGUGCCUAAAGCUGUACUGUGCUCUCUAGAUGUCAACUUUGAAGUGGCACCAUUAUAUUCUUAGUUCCACUGUUCAUCUGAAAACUACUAUCCCUGACAAAAGGUCCUCAACAGACCACUACUUCCUCUUAACCUUCUUUUCUUCCUGUAUUUUCACUUAAAUUGCACAGUUAAACUUAUUUCAAUUUAGAAUGUAUUAUAUUUUAAAAGGGAUGUUUUCAUAUGAAUUAAUUUAUUUCACAGUAUGCUUUAAAAUGCAAUAUUUCCUAUUUGCUAUUUUCCUGCAUGUGUGCAUAUGUAAUGUGGGGUUGGAGAGUAUGGUUGGACCCCAUAUUCAUGACUGAAGUGAAUGUUGAUCGUUCAAAGCCAUGUAGCCUCAGUGCAGUUUUUCCUCUUGUUACUGGCUACUUGCUGUAAUUUGGAAGUAGUCACCAUGUUAAAGCUGGCUCUGUCCUCGGAGGUUAAAUCUGCACUUAAACAAACUACUCCUCACAGGUUUAGUUCUUCUCUGGGCAUCCAUUGAGAUUUCGAGGUAACGUUUUUUUGCCUUCUUUUUUUAUGUUUAAUGUAUAGAUUUUUUUGUUUCUUGGGACAGGCUCCUUUUACCUUUUUCUGAUAUGGUGGCAAUUAUCCACAGUGGAUUCGUAAUAUUUUUACGAAUUUUUAAUAUAUUUUUAUCAACUUUAUUGACAAUUCCACAAUAUGUGCCCAGACAUACAGAGCAAUUAAAAAUAUGAUUCUCUCUGACCCAAUUUGGCUUUAUAAAACUCACACAAAAGAAUACUCAAAGCAAAAUAAAACUGACUCAAGGAUCCUUUUUGAGACUGUCUGCUACCUUUUCCUGGUGUAUGAAUUAAUGGUCCAGUGUGGCCUUUAUGUCAUGUAGCAUAUUUGCUGAUUAUCUGUAAUUGUGUGAAGUUUAUGUUAAUUUGACUUAAUUCUUGGAUUUUUAGCAGGUUGGAUAUUGGCAAUGCAUUGAUUUUACAUGCCAGAGGUUUGACUAAAUCCAUUUUGCCCACAUAUUUCUCCCUAUCAUAGAUCUUUGUGUCACCAUCUUGAAGCAUAAUUUGAAGCCUUUAGCAUUUUAUUUCUUUUUGGAUCCUAUGAGAUGUCAUUUUGGGCACUCUGAGCCUGUUACUGAAGCCUGUUCUCAGUCAGUGUAUAUAAGGAUGGUAAAUUUGCCUACCAAAUUUGUACAUACUUACAUUUGACACUAAGGUCCUAUUUAUUUCAGAUUAUAUAUGGCAUGUUCAGAUAAUGAAUGGUUAAAGCCAUUGUAUUAUAAUAUCAAAUUGUAAUGUCAAAAUUGUUUGAGUAAAUAAAGAUUGAGAUGACAAAUAUGUUAUGUAGUAUGAAGCCUAUACUGUAAUUAAAGAUGAUACAGCACACAGUC